AUGGCUGAUCACACGGAUGAUUUGGAUCAACUCCUUGACAGUGCAUUGGAUGAUUUUCAGAGCCUUAAUCUCACCUCUUCCGCACAAAGAGGCUCGGGUAAUAAUGAUGGUAACCCAGGAGAGGGAAAGAAAGAGAGCUCUACAAUGAUGAGUGGAAGUGUUCAAGGGUUAGGGAUGGGUUUGCCUGAUUUGAAGAUUAAGAAAAAGGGCAAACAAAAAGUUUCACCGCCAAAGCAGGAAUCACAUAUUUCUGAGGCGCUCGAUAAGCUGAGAGAGCAAACGAAAGAGGCCGUUAAAGGGCUGGAAUCGGUGUCUGGGCCCAAACUACCAGUGGAAGGAGACUUUGGAGGAGAUGCAAUGAUAGAGGAUUGGGUCAAGCACUUUGAAGAGCUUGCCGGAACACAGGAUAUGGAGUCAAUUGUGGAGACCAUGAUGCAACAGCUUCUCUCCAAGGAAAUCCUUCAUGAACCUAUGAAAGAAAUUGGUGAACGGUACCCAAUAUGGUUACAAGAGAACAAAGCUAAAUUAACAGAUGCAGAAUACGCACAAUAUUCUCACCAAUAUGAGCUCAUAAAAGAUCUAAACCAAGUGUAUGAAAACGAGCCUGAUAACUUCAACAAGAUUGUUGAGCUGAUGCAGAAGAUGCAAGAGUGCGGCCAACCACCUAAUGAUAUCAUGCAAGAGCUUGCUCCAGGAUUGGAUCUAUCAACUUUUGGACAAUUGUCUCCUGAGAUGCUCGAGUCUCAACAAAACUGUUGUAUCAUGUGA